AUGCCUGGCGAAGUGACAGCUCCGCGAGCUCCUGCAGUCUCGCAAGGAGUUAACGGAAUCGGCCGUUCCUUGCACGCGGAACAGAUGAUAUCGUUGCAGCAGCAGCAUCCGCAGCAGCAACAGGCUCAAUUCUUGCAGCAAGAUUUUCCCCAGCUGCAGCGUCAGCAGAUUCCCGAUGCUCCUCCUCCACCGUCCGAUGGAUACUCUCGCAUAUCGACGGACCACAUGCUUUCGUGGCAGGUGGAGGAGUAUUUUCAGCAGCAGCGGAGACAGCAGGCGCUCGCAGGGCUCGUGACUCAGCAGCCGUUCCCUCUUGACUCAGGUCCACUGGCAUUGCCACGUCAUUUGCAACAAUCGCUGGGUCCACCUGUAGCCACGUCACUGGAGCACAGUCAGCAGCAGCAGCUCCAGCAGCAGCGCUUUCAGGGGUCGCAAGCCGGUGCUCCGUUAUACGCCGACUCUGUACAUGCACAGCUGCAGUCACUCCCCGGAGGCGUUCUCAACACUCAUUUCGCGUCAGGCCCAUCGGCGACGCCAUCGGACGGCGAUCUCGGCCAGAUCUACGGUCCACGAGUCUCGCAGAAUCUCCCUGCUCCUCCAAACAGUCUCGGGCUCACCGUUGACGAAAUCCGAGCUCCGCAUAAUCUACCGAAUGUUGAAUCCAUGGCGCCGAAUCUUCCUGAAAAAUACGAGGUCCCGUCAUACCUCAAGGAGCUCUGGUCCGAUUCUCCUAUCCAUGGCUCUCCGUUCCGCGCGCCGGGAAGGCCCACUGACCCUGGCGGGAUGCGCGGCGGACAGCCGUUCUCACUCGGGCAAGGAAUGAUGACUUUUGAAAAUUCGCAAAAACUAACCGAAGCCGCAGCAGGAGCACCGGGAAGAUUCCGAGGGGAAGGAGGAUACGGAGGGAAUGGGGAAGGAGUGAGCCGCGGGAGUCCGUCUCUCGGUCCGUACCCGCAUCCCGGGCUGAACGGGGGUGAUCCGCGCUUGCAAGGGUUUCCCGAUCAUGGCGGGCCGUUCGACCAGCGUGUUGCCUCGUUAGAAGGGUCCCCGUUUGGGAGAAAGUCCGUGGAGGCUGGCAGAGGCUCUCCCAGCCGAUCCUCUCUUAGCAACUGGCCGUACGGGCCGAAUGAGGCCGAAGCGGAUAGAGGAAUAGGGGGAGGAGAGGGGCGUGGAGACAGCCGGUUUAACCCUUCGCGCGGAGGUAUGGGUGCGCCCGGAGGGGGAGGCGGAGGGGGAGCGGGAGCGGGAAGAAACGCCGGUGCGGCGCAAUGGGCGGCUGUCGGAGCGAACGGGAAGGACGCAGGGCGAAGGGAGGAUGGAGGGCGACAAGAAGACUUUGCUGUUGGUGCUGCUCCUGGUGGUGGUGGUGGUGGUGGUGGUGGUGGUGGUGGUGGUGGUGGUGGUGGUGGUGGUGGUGGUGGUGGGUGGGGUGUGGGUGGCGGCGUGAGCAACGGAGGCAUGGUUACAGGAGGCAGAGGAGGCGAGGGAGUAGACGCGGGGGACUCGUGGCGUCGCGCCGGCGCCCUGGGCCCGGAUGGGCCUCAAGGAAACUUCCCCUUACCUCUGCACCAGCAGUUUCCGCCUGCCCAGCAGCAACAGCAGGGUGGGAUAAUGGGUGCAGUGACUUCGAAUGCUAACGGUGGUGCUUUUAACGCGGACGAGCUUACGCUGGAGCAGCUGACCGACCCUGCUGCUGUGGCGUCGCUGGAAGGCCCGUCGAGUCAGCAGACCAUCAUGGAUCUCCUCGCUGCUGCCGGCAACGCCUUCGCCGCUCCACAACUUCACCAGCAUCAGCAGCAGCAGCAGUUGCAGCAGCAGGAGCAGCAUCACCAGCAGCAGCAGUUUCAGCAGCAGCAGCAACAGCAGCAGCAGCAGGCGCAGGCGCAGCAGGGAAGGGCGCAGGCAACGGCGCGCAAGCUGUUCAACGACGACAUGUUUCCGCCCCUGGGCUCCCCCUCCGCCCCCCCGCCCGGCAAGGCGGGGGCGAGCGCGCAAGGCAGCGGCGGCGGGGCGGGGAGAGGCGCAGCAGGCGCGAAUGGGGAUGGGGCGGGCGGCGGCGCCGGCGCGGGGAAGGGCGCGGAGGAUAUGAGGAAUUCUUUGGAGGCGUUGGCUGAAGAUAUGAAAGCGUUCGACCUCUCUGGUGACCCGACUGGUGACUCGGGUCAAUUUCAACUGCCGCAGGGGCGUGCGGGGCAGCAGCAGCAGCAGCACAUCUCUCGCAAUCAGCAGCAGCAGCAGCAGCAGCAGCCACGGCAGCAGCCGCAGCAGCACGGUAUCCCCGUCCAUCCGCAUCGGCACCACGCUGCCUUCACUGCCGCCCCCCGCCAUCCCCCAGGCUCCAGCCCCGGCCAGCGGUUCAGGCAUCCCGAGCAGAACCAGCAGCAGCCGCAGCAGCAGCAGGGGGGCGUGCAGCAGCAGCAACAGCAGGAGCAGCAGCAGCUCCAGGCAAGAACCCAGCAACAGCAGCAGCAGCAGCAGCAGCAGCAGCAGCAGCAGCAGCAGCAGCAGCAGCAGCAGCAGCAGCAGGCGGGUCACUACGUCAUCAUGUGCAUCCACUUCCUGCAGCAGCGCCAGCCACCCAUUCUGCCAUGCCUGCAGGAGAUGCAGCCGCACACGUACCGUGUGCAGGUGGGCGGCGUCGUUUGUUCCUACUACGACAAUCUGGACACGCUGCGCGGCUUUGGGGCGGCGAACGGGGAGACGGUGGGAGAGCUGCUGGCGGGGCUGUUUGAGUACUGGGCCUUCCGCCACGACUACAACCGCUGUGUCAUCAGCAUCCGCACAGGCGGCUUCCUCAGCAAGGAGGAGAAGGAGUGGACGAGAAGAGUGGGCAACGAGCGGCACCUCAUCUGCAUAGAGGACCCGUUUGACCUCGCCCACGACCUCGGCCGGGUCGUGGACCGCGCCUCCAUCCGCGUGCUCCGAGACGAGUUCCACCGCGCCGCCAAGCUCAUGCGGCAUGACCCCGAGCCGUAUGUCACCCUCUUUGAGCCGUACGUUCGUGAAGAUGAACGGUAG